UCUCCAGCUCUGUCCUCAGUCCCUGGGAAGCCCUAUCUGCUCUCCACCUUUUUUUCCCUCUUUCUCCUCCUUUAGCGCACUCUCUCUCUCUCACACACACACACACACACGCUCGGAGUCUCUGUCGCUACACACACACUCAGAGUCACACACACAGUCACUCCAACUUUGAUUGGCUGCCCUCGCUCUCUUUUCUGUCUCUCUUUCACACACACACACACACUUGCGCACUCACACUCACUCACUCACUCACUCGCUCACACAUUCACACACUCGGUGCGACCCUCUGCAGCUGUGCUUACAAAGAAAGGAUGAGGGUGUCCACGCGGAGAAUGAAUGACCUCUGGGGAAGGAUGUCUCUCGCCCUGCUCCUCUGUGCCUUGCUCCUGCAUGAUGGACUCUGCCAGGAUGACCCCACCGGUGCCCCCACCGUUGCCGAUGAUGGCGCAGGAACGGGCGAUGACCCCACUGUUGCCCCCGAUACGGAAGACCCCCAAACUUAUGUUGACAUCACUGCUCCCACAGGCCUGCCGGAUCUAGAUGACACUGAAAACACAGGCGGCACCUCGGCCACGACAGCCCCUGACACCACCGGCGAUGACGCUGCAGCCCCGGACACGGACGCCACGGACGCCCCCGACACCGACUCUUCUCCUGUGUUCCGCGGCGAUGGAGAGGGGAACCUGGCCACCCAAGCUGCCGUGACACUCUCAGACAUCAUAGUCAACAGCCAGAUCAAUUUCAUCUUCCCAGAGGACACAAAAGAGACUGAGGCUACUCAGGCACCAAUCACCGUGGUUACGGAAUCUGUGGAUCCUGUGGUAUCAGUGGAAUGUGUGGGCGAGGAAGCAGUGAAAGACAGAGCUAUGGUGAAGCUUGAGUUGGCAUCUGUGCUUUCUUGUGAUGCCGUCAAGAAGGCUGUGGAGGAGGACUUCUGCCGGGACAGAAAAGUCUGUAAAGUUUUGAUUGCCCAGGAAGGGGAGAAGUUAAUGUUGUCAGGGGCCACAAUUGAGGAAAAUGUAGGGGAGGCAUCCAAGAUGUUCCAGGGGGAAGAGAUAAAGAAUAAGCUUACCGUGCUGAAGUCUGAGCCGGUGGCGAAGCACGGCUCUGCUGUGCUGGUCUCCAUCCUGGUCACUGGCCUCCUGUUGGCCGCCGGGCUCAUUGGAGGCUACCUCUGGUUGAACAACCGCAAAGGCAACGGGAAGGGCAUGAGGCUGGCUGAGGACUCUUACCCAGUAGAUGAGGAGAACCAGGGCAACACUCUGGUGUCUGUGGCCCCCCUCAACCCCCCUGAGCCCCAGGAGAAGCCCAGCAUCAACGGGGAGUCCCCUGAUGGAGUGAAGACCCAGGCCCCCGCAGCCACCAACGGACACUCCACUGCCAAGACCCCCGUGGCUGAUACUGAGCUGUGAGGGCGAGGGAGGGACAUCCACCCCACCCACCCCGGCCCGCCCCACCACCACCGCGCCCCACCUCACCCUUCACACCUACUCCCCACCGCCCAAACAGCCAGCCAGAUCCCCAAGCCGGAAUGAAGCCUGAUCUGCACAGGAAUCAGCUGCUAUCUGGGCACACACACACACACACACACACACACACACACACACACACACACA